AUGUCGCCAAUUCAACCGAGUUCCUUUGGAAAAGUAUUAAGGGCUUGCGGCACACCAAACGCAGAUAAUCAACAAACAAAAGAAAACAAUAUCGACCUUAGAGGACAGGCACAAUCAAACGAAUUUAUCAAUUCUAUCCAGACAAGCCUCGACGGAAUCGAACAUAAACUUGAGAUACUUUUGAAAACUAGCCGAAUAAAUGCGCAAGCUAUGCUGACGUGUAAUAACACAAAACUAUCAGAAUUAUCCACGGAUAACCUUGUAACUUUAGUCAAAAAUCUCAGCAAUAAUAUACCACUGUAUAGUUAUUACAUAUCAAAUUGUAACAAUGAAAAGCAUCAUCUUCUUAUCGAAAGCCGUGAACAACCCUACCGUCAUACCAAGCAAAAGCUUGAAAGAGAUAUUGUUGAGGAGUUUUCGACACGGUUGUGUAUUUUAGAUGCAGUGUUGGCCAAAGAUAUAGCUCUUUGUGUUUAG